GUUUGCAUUUGGCAAAACCCCCAUCUCUAUUGAACUUCCUAGGGUUUUAUUAUCUAUCUCUGUACCUCCUCCAUCCAGUUCUUCGUUGCUAAAACUCUCUGUAUCUACCGCUCCCUCAAUUUCUCUCUAAGUUCUAUUAAAAAAAAAAAAAUUCUCUAUAAGUCUCCAAAUCUCUCUCAGUCCCACAAAGGAAUGGCGACAGCUCAGUUAACUGCAACGACAAUUUCUGCUAAGAUUUUGCCGUCAUUUGAAGGGCUAAGACCAUCAACUGUCAGGGUCUUAUCUGCUGCACCUUUGAGAACCGGUGGUUGUCUCACCCAAAGGUCCUUCCAUGCUCUCGUCGUCAGAGCUGCCACUGUUGUUGCUCCUAAGUACACGUCACUUAAGCCCUUGGGUGACCGAGUGUUGGUGAAAAUUAAGAUUGCUGAGGAGAAGACUGUAGGUGGUAUCUUACUGCCAACAACAGCACAAACAAAGCCUCAAGGAGGUGAGGUGGUUGCUGUUGGAGAAGGUCGAACAGUUGGAAAGAACAAGGUGGAUGUCAGCAUAAAGACUGGUACCCAGGUAGUGUACUCCAAGUAUACUGGCACUGAGGUAGAGUUUGAUGAAUCCAAUCAUCUCAUACUGAAGGAGGAUGACAUUAUUGGCAUUCUUGACACGGAUGAUGUUAAGGAUAUGAAGCCCUUGAAUGACAGAGUUCUAAUCAAGGUUGCUGAGGCUGAGGAGAAAACAGCUGGAGGCUUGUUACUGACAGAGGCCAGCAAGGAGAAACCUUCCAUUGGCACAGUAAUUGCUGUGGGGCCUGGUCCUUUGGAUGAGGAAGGGAACAAGAGUUCAUUAUCAAUUUCCCCUGGGAACACGGUUCUGUACUCCAGAUAUGCAGGGAAUGACUUCAAAGGUGCCGAUGGUUCUGAAUACAUAGCUCUAAGGGCAUCUGAUGUAAUGGCUGUGCUUUCGUAGUUAGUAUGCCUGUACCCUUUUUGUUUAGCAUAUCAGAACUUCCAGGAAGUUUGAAACAUGAGGGACAUUGUUGCAAUCAAGUAAUAGAUGCAUCUUUUUGCAAGUGAUUGUACUCCAAUUUGUAACAGUUACGAGAUAUAUGCCCAAUUCAGUUUUGUAGAUGAUGCUUGCAUUCCUUGCCUUUCUAGUUUCUAGUUUUGCUUCUGCUUCUACCGGCUGAAAGGCGACAGGUGGAACUGAAAACAAUGACACUCUUUACUUUGUAUCAGCUGCCAAGGUUUCAUCGACCUUGAACGUGGGAUAUCCCAGUUCCAUAUUUGAAUCUUUCCUCCCAUCGUCCAUAG